AUGCGCUACCUAAACAAAAGCUGUGCCCAAUGCACGUGGGGUGGAGCGACACAGGGGCAUUGGGGAGGACCUAGCCGCUGCUCUGUCUCCUUGUUCCUCGCCAGGGCACUGAGCCAGCACACAGACUACCUACAUCACAGCAUCGUAGACACCAUGCACUAUCAGGAAAGCCUGCCCAGGCUGCCUAUUCCAGAUCUGACAGACUCUGUGAGAAGAUACCUAAAUGCCCAAAAGCCUAUUUUAGAUGAUGAUCAAUUCAGGAAAACAGAACUCUUGAGUCAUUCUUUUAAAUAUGGCAUUGGAAAAGAUCUGCAUGAAGAGCUGGUGGCCCUGGAUGAGCUCCAUCAGGACACCAGCUACAUUUCAGCAAUGUGGAUCGAUGCAUUUUUAGCUCUUUGGGAUUCUAUAGCUUCCCAUGGCAAUGCAGCUCUUGCCUUCCAAGCAGAUCCAAACCCUGAACAGAAUGACCAGCUCACCCGAGCGACCAACCUGACCAUAUCUUCAAUUCGGUUCCUGAAGACCUUCAGGGCUGGAUACCUUGAACCAGAGGUCAUGCACCUGUACCCAGAGAAGACCGACAAUGAACAAUGUAAGAAACUCAUUCAGUUCAUAUCUCCAGAUCUUGUGUGUACGACUGCCUCCAUGGUCAGCGCCUAUCAUCUGGAUAUGUCUCAAUUCUACAGGCUUUUCAACACAACCCGCAUUCCCCUAAAUAAGGAUGACUUGGUCACUGAGGAAAGCAGGAUGCACAUUUUGGUGCUACAAAAUGGAAAUUUUUAUGUCUUUAAUGUCCUGGAUGAUAAUGGAAAUAUUGUGAAGGCCUCAGAAAUCCAUGCCCACCUGAAGUACAUUCUCUCAGAUGAAAGUCCCACUCCUGACUUCCCCGUGGCAUACCUGACCAGUGAAAAUAGAAACACCUGGGCCAAGCUUCACAAUGAGCUGUUGAAUAAUGGCAGUGAAGAAGCCGUAAGGCUUGUGGAAACAGCCAUCUUCAGCCUGUGUCUAGAUGACUUUUCUGUUACAGAUAUUGACCAAUUAGUUCAGACCCUCCACCAUGGGGAGGGGAUGAACCACUGGUUUGACAAGUCUUUCAACUUGAUCAUCACCAAGGAUGGGUCUGCGGGCAUCAAUCUUGAGACCUCUUGGGGGGAUGGUGCGGCUGUGAUCUGUUUCAUGAAUGAGAUCUUUAAAGACAGCACCCAGGAGCCCAUGGUCACACCCUACUCUCACCUCGCCAGUGUGGACUCCUCUUACGUGGUGAGGAAGUUAAACUUCUACCUGAAUGACACCUUAAGAGAGGGCAUUUCUGAAGCCAAGGAAAACUUUGAAGCUAAGAAGAAAUCCUUGACUUUUCAGUGUUUCCGCUUUGAGAAAGGAGGGAAGGCCUUCCUCAAGAGGCAGAAGGUGAGCCCGGAUGCCAUGAUCCAGCUCCCUCUUCAGAUGACUUUCCUUUCCCUGUACCGGCAGACAGUACCAAAGUAUGAAGCCUGCAGCACCAGGACCUUCAAGCACGGCUGCAGGGAGAUCAUUCGGCCUGCCUCCGUUUAUGCCAAGAGAUGCUCUGAGGCCUUCAUAAGGGAGGCUUUCCAAUACAAAGUGAGGGACCUUCGGAAUAUGCUGUCUGAGUGCUCAGGAUACCACGUCCGACUAAUCCGAGAGGCAACGAUGGGUCAGGGGUUCGACAGGCACUUGUUUGCCCUGAGGUUCCUGGCAGCAGCAAAGAGAGGCCCCGUGAUUCCCGACUUCUUCCAGGAUCCCGCGUAUAUUUAUCUCAAUGAAAACGUCCUUUGGACCAACACGCUCAGCAGCCCCUUGGUGGCCAACAUUGCUUUCGCACCGAUGGUGCCCGAUGGCAUUGCAGUGGGCUAUUUGGUUCACCAAGACUACCUGAAGUUCACGGUCUCCUCCCACUGUGGCAGAAAUGUCGGCGAAUUCAAUCAGGGAGUCACAAAGUGCUUGGAAAAUAUUUUCGGUAUUCUAGAAGGCAGACCUAUUCAUAGCUAAGGAAGACCCAUAAAACAAGUGGGAAAGGAUAAGUCAGAUGACUCAACAGCCAGACUUGGAACCAGAAUUAAUUAAAAGCUGACUGUUUGCUUUGGUCUAGGCCUUCCACUUUGUCCCAGAGAAUCUGAAAAUGGAGGGAGAAAAAGGGGGAAUCUCUCUCUAGAGUUAAGUGACCAAUCUUGUGCCCGCUCUCCAUUCAUUUACAUGUUGGUGCUCAGCUGGGCCAUCCUCCAAUAAUAAGAGAAGUACCUUGCUGUCCCUCCAUGCUUCCAUUCAUAAGUGCUCCCUUGUUACCCUUCUGAAAGUCUCUAGAGAUGGCUCUAAUGCCAGCAUAAGGGACAGCCAUGUGGUUAUAACUCUUAAUAGCAUGAAGAAGCCCUGGAGUCUUUCCUGGGUAUCAGAAAUGAUUUUUGUGAGUAGUUACAAGAGUAAACAAGUUCACCAUGUUUGGAUGUAGUUGUACUAUAUAAGAGGAGGAGCGGAAGGAUAACAUAGGACAGCCCUUUUUUCCAGGGUAACUGAUCAAGAGUGAGUUGCGCUCUUUGAAUGACAUU